AUGUUGAAGGCGUUGAGCGAAAUCGACAAUCGUUUGAAUGUGAUCGAUCAAGUUUCAGUACAACUAGAGCAGGAUCACAAACGGAAUCAAGAACUCCUCGAAACUAUCAUCCAACUGAAUAAAGGACAGAAUAAAAGUAACUCACCUUCUCAGUUAGAUAACUCAACGAGAAUAUUUAAAACCAGUCUGCUAAAUGCUGAGAAACCAUUAAAUGAUCAAUCAGUUCCUGAUAUGAAAAUCUAUAGUAAUGAUUGUACGAAUUUGUCAAGUGCUAGACAGCAAACAAAAUCUCUUAAAGGAAAUCAGAGAUCACGUUCAACUUCUGGACAUUAUUCAGAAGAAUGUGAGAAAGCAAGAAAAGAAAGACGUGAAGUUUCAGUCACGCGUCGUUGUAAUGAAGCCAAAAAGUUUGUGAAUGAAAUCUUGUCGGAAAGUAACCUGCCGAUACAGUCUUCACCCAGUUUGAGUAGCAGACCUACCACUGCUAGGACACCAAGUACUACAACACCAAGGGGGCGAGGUCGUGUGCGUAUUGGUGGUUCAUCUAGAGUUUCAACUUCACGUCCUACUUCAAAGAAUUGCACUGCUGCAUUUAGUCCUAAGCCACCUACUGUUGUUCGCUCUACCACAUGUGGACGGGGUGGAAUUAGAGCCAGAGGAGCCUACAAUACCCUAACAGAUAGAAGAAAUCAAACAGAUAUUUUACAGAAACCUUCCAUAAUGGGAAAACCACAAUCUAGUUCACCAGGACAUCCAACUUUUGAAGAUGAUUUACAAACAACAAUUCUAAGUGACUGGUCGCUAGAAAGUGAUGUGAAAAGGAUACUUUACGGAGAUGAAGAAAUGAGAUUUCAUAGUCCAUCGAAAGUACAAAGUAUUUGUGGAGAUUCCAACUCUUAUCAGGAGUGUCCAGUUCCGCAAAGCCCGCAUUCUGUGCCAGAAACUGAUCUUCUGACUGAAGUAGGUGGAGUGCCUAGCACAAGCUUUAUUGAUUGGGAUGAAAUCGAUGAACUCAUUGGUGCAGUAUGA